CAGCCUGUUUCAACUUUCAAGCACCGAACCUGCAGACAUGGCAAACCUUGCCGUUGCAAUCUUGUUUGCAUCGCUCGGCGCCGUGGCUACUGCUCAAAAAGCCUCCGCGCCGGCAGCGGAAAUGCCAGCCUACCAAGGUUCAUAUCCAAGCUACGCUAGUCCGCCGGUAGCCGAAAUGCCAGCCUACCAAGGUUCCUAUCCAAGCUACGCUAGUCCGCCGGUACCCGAAAUGCCAGCCUAUCAAGGUUCCUAUCCAGGCCACAUUAGCUCCCCAGCUGCUAGCCCGAGCUACACUUUCCCUGCUGCCACCCCGGCACCAAGCCAGCCAAGCAUGGCUGCACCUACUGCUAGUCCACCGAGCCCAACCCCUUCUCCGUCCCCAGGACGACGACGGAGACUGCGAGUCGGCUUCUACAGGCGCUCGUGCCCACGGGCGCAAAAGAUCGUCAGGGAGGCCGUGAGGAACGCCACGUCCAAGAACCCCGGCCUCGGUGCUGGGAUUAUUCGGAUGCACUUCCACGACUGCUUCGUCCAGGGUUGCGAUGCUUCCGUCCUGCUCGACCCGACAGCGGCCAACCCGCAGCCGGAGAAGCUCAGCCCACCCAACUUCCCAAGCCUGCGUGGCUUCGAAGUGAUUGACGCAGCCAAGGAGGCGCUCGAGAAGGUUUGCCCCGGGAGGGUCUCCUGCGCUGACAUCAUCGCCUUCGCCGCCAGAGACGCGUCCUUCUUCCUCAGCCGGGCCAGGAUCAACUUCAGGAUGCCGGCAGGGCGCUUAGACGGACGCGUGUCCCUCUCCAGUGAGGCGCUCGAUUUCCUUCCGCCGCCGUUCUUCAACCUCUCGCAGCUCGUCGACAAUUUCAAGGCCAAGAACCUCGACGAGGAUGACCUUGUGGUGCUCUCCGGCGCGCACACCAUCGGCGUGUCCCACUGCUCAUCCUUCACCGACCGGCUCCCGCCAAACCCCUCCGACAUGAACCCGGCGUUCGCCACCCUCUUGCAGAGCAAGUGCCCGGUGAGCCCCAACUUCACGAACGACCCAACAGUGGUGCAGGACAUUGUGACGCCCAACCGGUUGGACACCCGGUACUACACCAAUGUGCUCAAGCGCAACGUGCUCUUCACCUCCGACGCGGCACUCUUGUCGUCCUGGCGGACAGCCAGGAAGGUGGUGGAGAACGCACUUAUCCCAAGGAGGUGGGAGAGCAAGUUCGCCAGGGCGAUGGUGAAGAUGGCGGCCAUCGAGCUCAAGACCGCCGCAAAUGGGGAGAUCAGGAAGAUGUGCAGGGUCGUCAACAACUAGGAUUGCCGGCCACUUGUAGUUAAAACCAAGCGUGCACACUGUUUAGGUUUUCCCAUCAGUUUAUUUUGGAGCAUCUGUCCUUGUUGAUUCCAUGCAUUUUGGUUCCUUGGUUAAGUUAUAAGUAGAAGCAUGUUAUUGUUCCAUUCUUUGGUUAAAUUAAAUUAAAUAGCUGGCUCAAUUGUACUUGAUCAUAUUACUUCUCAAAUGAAGUUUGUUUUUUA